GCAGUUGGAAUUUCUACAAAAGUGUACAUUUAUUUCGUGUACUUUGUUAGUUAGUUCGCCAAAACUCUAUUCUUCUCCCUAGCGCUGAAUACUGGUCUAUUCGAUCAGCUUUAGCAUUUUUCCAACGGCAAAACGGUUUUGUUUCGGUUUCAUCUCGGAUCCACACUCGCCUGUCUGUUUGGCACAUAAAACCUCGUUACAGCAACGAAAAGUGGAAAAUAUUACAGCACAAUUGUGUCUUCUAAACGCGAAAAUACUAAACAUUCCACCGCUCGAGCAUUCUUUUGCUCGUGUGCGAUACGCAAAACAAAAUAUCAGGUGACGACAAACCGAAAGGUGACCUACGUGACUUUUGGGUAAAACACACCCCGGGUUCCUUGCAUCAGACCAAACCCACCUGUCCUCCAAUCGAUUUCGUCUGAGCGUGAUCGCCAAUCUAAACCCAAUACGCUCCACCAAACCGUGCUCAUCGUCGCGUGUGUAAUCAAACAAACGAAUCGAAGCAAGCUGCUGCUAUACACACAGUUUCGGCAUCAAAACAAACCAGCAUAUAGCCAGCGGAACAUAGAAUUCGUCGCCGCCGCACCCUGCUGCUCUCGCCUCUCAAGUAGCAGUGUAUUUUUUUGUUUGAACCCGUGUCCUUUAAAAGGCAUCAAAAUUUGCGUCGUAAAGAUGGACCUGUUAAAAAAAUUUAUGGGUUUAGACGGCCGGAAGGAUGACGAUGAUGAUAACAGAAAGAAAAAAGCAACACUCAAGGACGAGUUCCGCAAACCAAUCUGGGUAGAGGAGGACGACAGCGAUGACGAGCUGUUUGAUAAUCGGAAAAUUUACGGGGUGCAAAUUUUCACCAACCCGAUCGAAAUGCAAAAGUACUUCGAGCAGCAGAUGCAGGAGAUGUGGAAAUCGCUCGAAGAGUAUGACGAUAAUGUGAAAAUGUUCGAUCAUGAUUUGAAGCAAGACUUCCUGAAGCCAGGCUUUGAGGAAGCCGAACACGGCAAGGAUGUGAAGCGGCAAGAUACUGACCUGGAUGGAGAGAUCUAUGCUGACCAACUCCAUUCACUGCUGCAGCGCAUAUCGCCCGAUCUGAAGGAACUGAUGCCGAAGAAACGCACGGACAAGGUGGAAAAUAAAAGCGAUACAGCGGAACGCCGCAAACUAACCGACGAUGAGAAAGUGAUGGAUCUAAUCCAUGGUAUAACCGACCAGACUCGGCUAUCAUCCGGUACCGGUAUCUCCAAACCGAUGAGACGCAACGGUGGCCUGCAGCAACGUUUCCCCGAAGGUGGAUUGUUUGAGGGCGCAUUCCAGGGACCGCGCAUGUUUGGUCAAAGCAUCAUUUCGCAGACGAUUCGCCGCCCGGAUGGGUCGUAUGAAACGCGUCGCACAGUCCGGGAUUCCCAAGGAAACACUCAAACGACCGUCACACUAUCCACGAAAGAUGGACGCAAGGAAACGGUCACCACGUACGAUGAUGUCGGAAAGAAGGCUGGAUCCGGUGAUGAAAUGUUUAGCAUGAAAAAGGGUGGCGGAGAAAUGGAAGGGCAUGAUGUGCCGACCGGGGCAUUGCUAGCAUUGGAUGGCAAGUUUGGGCUGAACUACAAUGGUUACGUGCUGCCGAAGAACCUCUGGUGACUUCACGCGUCGCAAACCGACCGUAAUGAUGCGCUGCUCUGCUGUGAACCGACUGCGGGAGGAUGGUGUUUACGGUCAAGCACGGGCAGCAAGUCAUACAUUUAUCCCUAUUCUGAGUGUAGUAGCAACGGGAACGCACGUUGCCAUAGAAUUAGUACCAGUUCCAUUAGUGAUCGUCUCGUAAUGACUCAUUGUGCCGACUGUUGCCACGAUCUCUUUCCCCAACACUAUCCGUGUCAGUGCAAGACCGAUCACUCAGUGCGCACCGAUCUUUCUUCCUACGAUCGUUCUUUUUUCAUCGCACUGUACUGCAUCAUCUGUGCUUCAUUGUUUAUACUCUGUUUAAUUUCUUCCCUAGCUGUUUAUUUUAUGUUGGUCCUGCUAAAACAAAGCAGCGUGUAUCCCAUCUUCGGUCAAGCCGUCACCCAUCAGACUGACACUUUCUUAAGAUGUACUACCCGGUGGAAUCUGAGUAUUACGUUUCCCAUGCUGGCUGUUUGUGCAAACAAACGAAACGGUUGGCAAACGCAUUCUACACCGAUCGUGUCCUCGGUCGCUUUAUGAAAGCUGUUGCCAACGCACCUCGGUGCGCCCCGUCAUCCACCGGCAUCGGAAGCAAACGAUGGUACCGGUAUUGGAUUGAGUUUGUGAUAUUAUUUUACACCGUUUAGCAACAACCGUCGGUUCCAAACCGUACCGUUGUGGCACGUGCAACCGUUGCGAUGGGCAGCUGUGAGCGACGGUUUUGCUAAGUGUAAAGCGUUAAUUGUGAUUAUGAUUAGUACGAAUAUGAUUUUAAUAAUUAUUAUUAAUAUUAUCACUACUACUACUACUACGAGCGUAAUUUUAAUGCGCGAUUAUGCUAAGUUCGUUAGAGUGUACGAUAAGUUCCGUAGCUGAUGGUGACUGAAACGUUGCUCUGGUACCAGGGAGACUACUAAACUGGAUUCCAUCGAGUGUCGGAUAGCAUUAAACGAAAGUACUACAGGGACUCUAGGGACUAUAGGGCAAGCAAGACAAAUGAGAACUGUUCCUGAUCGUAGGCCUACAUAUGGAUUACCCAUUUUCAUUCGUUCAAAAUGAUUUCCGAGUAUUUUUUGGUGCUAACUAACAGUUAUAAUAUGAUAGUUUUGUAAGCAUAAAGCUUUGUAGGCAUUGUGUAACUGCUACUGCGCUGUUAACGGAUCUUGCUUAUGUAAGAACUCCUACAGAGCGAGUGUACGUGGAACAAAUUUUUCAUAAAAGUAACAAGAGAUACAUACAUAGUACGCUAUUUAGCCAAAAAUGGAUCAUUUACAGCUGUUAGUUGUCGCCGAACAAUAUUGCAAUACGGGGUGCAUUGUAAAACUGUGGAUACAAUUUAGAUAGUUACUUAUUUUGCAAAGAACAAAGUUUUCUACCGAUUCUACGAGGUUUUGUUUGUGUGUUAAGAAACGCUGGCAUAGCGUUGAAAAAGGAACCGUAGGGAGAGAUGGAUCGGAAAGCAGACGGAUGAAAUGACUGAGAAUACGCACAUGGACACGAAAUAGCAUGGAGUUGGGCAAAGAGAGAUGGCACAGUGCUGCAUUAUCGGCUAGAAUGGCCGGCAGUGUGUUUGAGUGCGUGUGUGCAAUGUGUAAUUUAAAAAAAGCGUUCUUAUAAACCGUGUAUCUUUUAUUGGAUUUUAUCAGCUUAAGCUGAACCCCAUCGUCGGUUCGAACGUUGUUCAGAUACUUCAGUAAAAUACUUUUAUAACACCACCAAAAAUAAAUUCCUUGGCCUGAAAAGAUAAACCAGGGGGAAAUCAGAGAACAUCUACUGUAGUAGAAGGUGCCACGGAACCUGUCCGUUCUGGGUUUUUUUUUAUUUGUUUCUGUGGAAUCUUAGGAAAGUGUACACUAAUUCACACCAAAAAAGACGAACAUACCAAAAGAUACAAAAAAGGAACAAAACCCAUAAAAUCAAUUUCGUAGCUCAACCGUUUCUAUGAUGUAUUACCAUUUCUUAUACAACGCACUUUAACGCUUUAUUUCAAACAAUCGACAACAUCUCAAAGUCGGAAUAUGCAUUUUAUAAAUCUUCAAACCCAGCAGGACAACAGCAAACUUCCUGGUUAAUUGUCCAAUCAUCCAAUCAGAAUAAUAUACCUAUCGUCGCAUAUUGAGACACUGGCUAUCUCGCCUGUACAUCUUGGUUGUAUAUCCAACCAUUAUCUCAUCUAAACCCUGUUUGCUUACAACAGAAUGCAAUAUCAAAGUUUGUGUGUACUCCCGUGUCUUCUUCAUCGGCAACUAGUAUUAUAGUAGAUGAAUAAACUAUUCCAAAUGAUCCAUUCAU